GGCUCCAAGAGGUCAAAUACCCUGACUGCUCCUCUGAGCUUUCUAGAAGCCAGGCUAAGGCACCAAUAUGCCUCCUCCACCACCUCCAAUGGCCUGGGGGUCAGUAUCCCAUAAAAGCACAAACCUCCGGAGGCCGAAGCAGGAGACUCUCCGAGUUCAGGGCCAGCCUGGUCUACAGAGAAACUAAGGAAACCAGAGAGACUGCAGUGAGCCGGCUAGAAGGGCCCUCCAAUCCGAAGCCAGAUAGCCUUUGGACCACGAAGUUCACCCUAUUCCGCCCAGGAGUCUAGCCUUCCACAACUCAACCGUCCCAGGUUUUUGUGCAGCCUUUCCUCCCAGGUUCACACGCCCACCCCAGAGUCUUAAUUCCCCGUCCAGUGAAUCUUGUUCCAGGGACACGCCCCUCUAGUGUGCCCCGCCCAAAGCCCUGGUACGAGCCUCUCAACUCGCACAAGCUCUCCCCUCCCCUGGACAUUCUCUCUCACUCACGUCCCUGCUUCUCCUUUCCGUCUCUGUCCUCCAGCCCCCCCCCCCCCCCCGCUCACUUUGCCUCCGCUCACUCAGUCCUCUACCUUGAGUCCCCAGAGCCCCUCUCUCCCCUAACACUACUCUCCAAUAGUGUACCUUCCCCUGGCAUUUGGCUCUGCCGCCCAGCUCCUUUCAGCCAGUCUCUUGCUCCCCUUGCCCCCAGAAUUACUCCCACCCACGCCCCCAUGAGACCUACCCAAACUUCUCCAAGAUGAUCCCCACACCCAGCUUUCUCUCCCACUAGUCUACCCACCCCGCGCCCUUUAAGGCUCGCAUACCACCCUCACCCUGUUCCACCUCCUUCCAGUUCUACCCUAUCCUGGUCCUCCCAUCUCCUGGAGGUCUCCCGGCCUGUCACCCCUACCCGCUCCUCAUUCCUCUUACCACCCCUCCCCUGGAUUGCCUUCCUCGUUUUCUCCCUGUCCCGGUCACUCCCCACGCCCCACCCCCGCCCUUCAUCUCUCGCGCCCCUUAUCCCCAAAGCUACCCGGUCUUUCCCCAUCCCCCCAAUCUCCUCCUGAGCACCCCCCCCCACCAUCAGCCUCUACCUCCUCCAGCCUCCCAGAUCACCCUUGCCUCUCCAUCGCUCCCAUCCCCGAGACCCCCUCGACUCCUCCCGCUCAUCCAUCCCUCAGGGCCCCCCUUACUCCGUGGCUCUCCCCCCCCGCCUAUCCCUCCAUUGCACACCCCUCCCUAGUCCUCCAGGAAUCCCCCUCCCUGCUCUCCCGCCCCGUCCCGCCUCACUCCCGCCCCAGUCCGGCCCGGCUCUCCGGCUGCGCGCUCCAGGCUGGGUGAGAGCCAUGGGCAGCGGCAGCAGCCGGAGCGGCCGGAUCCCGAGGCGGCGGCGCAGCCCUGACAGGCGCCAGGCGGACCCGGGAGAGGCAACCUCGGAGGGCGGCACAGCUGACCAGGCCCCGACGGCCGCGACGCAGGAGGAGACCGACCCCGAUCCCCGCCCCGCGACACCCCCAGGCGGUCGGGAGGAGACCCUGCGCCUGUUGGACCAGUUGCUGGCGGAGUCCGAGACCUGGGGGACCCAGGAGCCGACCCCUCGCGGCCCCGCCCGGCUUCCACCCGCGGUGUCCCCAGAAAAGAAGACUAAGGAUGACCCUGAAGAGAGCUGUACCCCUGAAGCCCCAAGCAGCAGCCACAAGAGACCUGAGGGGCAGUCGGCCAUCUCCUACGAUUACUCGGAGGAGGAGCUGAUGGCGAGCAUCGAGCGGGAGUACUGCCGCUGAGCUGGCUGACCAGUCUUGGUCACCACGGGCCAGGCUUUGCAGGCCUGUGAGCUGGGCUCCACCCGUGGCCCAGCCGGAGAGAAACCACUUCUAGAAUACAGCUCUCUUUCCACGCUGGUCUCCAACAAUUUGCGAUCAGAGUCCUGCUGCUGGCCUAGCAGACCAAAACUAAGGGCAAGCAGGCCCUGGGCCACAGCUGUGGGGGCGCUGGCGCCUCCUCUCACACAGGGGGAGCCUGGCUGUGUGGUUCCCCUGAAAUCUUUCUGCUUACUCACUUUCCAAGUGAGGAAGGGUCGGUGCUGGCAUCCCUGUAUGACAUGAGCUUGUGGUGGGAAGCAGAGCUCAUCGAUGCCCUCUCUGGGCCUCUAUUUCUCUCUGGGGGAGGGGGGUGGUGAUCUUGGAUGUUCUUUGAGACCUUUCAAGACCUUUCAAGCCGUCAAUCUGGCAGCUCCAUCGUCCAACCCGUCAUCUCCCAGCUGCCAGUGUGCUUUGGCUAUCCUGCUGAGUGCAGAACCAUAUAGGAGCCGAGAGAGGGAACACACACCCGGAUAGGGCUUCAUGGCAACUGCUCUCCAGGAUUCCUUUUGGCUGGCAGUCUGCCUGAGGGCUGUGAACCUCUUCUCCCUCUCCCAGCUUGGGUGGGAGGCAGUCAGGAUAAUGAUGCCAGAAGAGCUUUCAAACAUCCCCAGUGGACAGAUGGGGAAAUGCAGAGAGCCUAUGGGAAGGAGGUAGGGCUUGUGUGGGCCCUGUAGGGCCUGGCGCUUGCUCAGGUGUCUGUGGAAGCACUGGCACAGCUGGCGAGGGUGCUGGCAGAAAGGCUUCAGAGAUCUGUGAGUGGCGGCACAUGCUGACAGUCACAGCCACCAGGCCAAUGCUAGAGGACUCCUGAGAAUGGAAGGCUACAUAGUGAAUUCAAGACCGGCCUGGACUAUGUAGUGAGAUUCUGUCUCCGAAAACAGAGUAGAGGAUGUGGGAAUAGUAGUAGCUCCGGCCGAAGCCAGGACAGGUCUCAGCUUCUGUUGCAUCCCCUACCAAGACAGUGCUCUCCCCCAGUAUCCUUCCUCUGCUGAGAGCUGCUGCUGGCCCGCGAAUCCUCAGAGCUCAACAUGGAGCAUCUCAGGAACCAAGAAAGAAUGGUCCCUAGGGCCGUCCCCACAUCCACAGUCCUUUGCUGUCACCUGAAAAUGAUUCCGUGAACUCCUAGGACUUGACAAGAGUGCCUCUGAGUUUGCAGCUGGGAGACCUGUGCUACGGUUGGAGCCCAGAGCCACCGGGUGCCUACCAGUUGGCUGAGCAUUAGGUCAAAACCUCCCAGAGCUGGAAGCUGCUUCUCACCGAAGCUCAAAGCACUGCUUUUGAUACGAAGAUGGAAUUUGUUUCUAUUUUGAUAUUUACCCUAAAUAUUACAAAUGCUUAUUUUAAAAGAGGUUAAAAUAUUACAUUUUUACCAAAGAAUGAAUCAGACUUUGAAGUUGA